CCAGAACAAAAUAUUAGGAAUGGCGGUCGCCAGAUGUUUGGAAGUUAUACGUCGGUUUCAUGAUACAACUUGUGUCGAAUUUAAAUUAAGAUAAUGUUUAGCAUUGCUGAUAAACGAGAUAAAGGAGAAGACGUUUGUGAUGGAGACCUUGCCUCUUAUUACAAAAGACCGAAACACCCUUGAAUCAUCUGAAACCAUGACUGCAACUACCGGUGAACAAGCUAAAUUAAUUGAAAUAACAUGUUGCAAAGAAAUAUUCACAUGUAAAGCAUGCAAUGUAUCUGGCCGUGGAACAAGAUUUAGUGAGCAUUUGAUGAAACACUUAUUACUUCUGCCCUAUAAGUGCCUGCAUUGUGAUGAAAGUUUUUCCUUGCGCAAGGAGAUUGGGGCUCACAUGCAGAAAAAGCAUCCUGGAAAAGAGAAAAAAAGUGCACUGAGAGCAAACAAGCGUGCUAAUACAAUAUUAGGCGAGGCAGAGAAAAAAGGAUCGUGCUCUUUUAAGUCUAGUUUUGUUCACAUAUCACCAAAAGCUAAAAAAAAAAGUAAUGAUGGUACGUUGCAUGCUUCAGUAUCAUCCUCAAAUACCAACAUUAAUAAUAGUAACUUCAAUGCAUUGGAACCAGAAAAAAAUGCUCAAGUGUCUAAUACUGAAUCGGAAGAGGGAAAACAAAAUGAAAGUCAUGAUGCGUUGAAAGCAAAAUCCCAUUGUGAGAAGAAAAUAGAUAGACCUAAUGUUGUUCCAACAUUUUCAAACUCAAAAUCUGAAAGUUUCCGUGUUGCAGUUGGUAAAAAUGUGGUGUGUGCUACAAAAUCUCAUCUUUCUGAAGUCGUGGAUGGAACAGAGGGAUCUGAAAACAUGCCUGUAUUGCAAACAGAAAGCAAUGUACAGUUAAACCGUGCAGAGUCUAAAAACAUUACACUGGUAAACCCUGAAGAUAAUAUUGUACCAUCAAAACCAAAAUCUGCUGAUAAAACUAAUGUUGGUGAAUCGGGUUUACUAACAAAUGAAAAUCAUGUUGACAAGUGUUCCUUUGUCAGCAGUUUUCAAAAUGCUCAUUCAUAUGACAACCAGAAAGAGAAUAGUAAUGAGGAUAACAAUUCUGGUGAAACAAAUUCUGGAAAUGUUACAGCUUCAGAAAAUGGCAUCAUAAAAGGUACAGCACUUAUGAAUGGUGGUGUACUGUCAUCAGAUGUCAAGCAAACACAAGAGCAUUAUGUAAAUAGUGAAAAGCAAAUAGAUUGUGAACAAACUGAUGAAACAUAUCAGGAUGUUGUACCAAAAGUGAAAGUACCAGCACAGCAAGUGGUGGUUACAGAUAAUGACAAAGUUGACAAUUCACCAGUUAAAAAUAGUUUAAGAUAUGCUGAUGAUUGCAAAUACAAUUCAGUUGAACAUGCAACGUCUGACAAAAGUUAUUUGGUAAAUACAUCUGAACAUACACAUAGUGCUUCUGCUGUAGGAACUAAGUUGACAGAAAAUAAUUCCAAAUCCCAGACAGUAAGCACUAAUACUUGCAACAGUAGUAUUCUUACAACAAAACCUAAAUCUACAGUCAGUAGUACUUUUGAAAUGGAAGCAAAAAACAAAAGCCAUGGAAACAGUAGUACAAAGGGUACACUUCUGCACAGAAGUGAAAUUUCACAAUCAAAAUUUGAUUCACAGGCUGUAAGCAACAUUCAACAGCAGUCCAUUGCCUCAGUGGUUCAACCAUCUACGCAGAUAUUUAAGUUGAUUGGACCAGGUGUUGUUUCUCAGUAUGUUCAUGUUCAGAAUGUUCAAAAUAAGGUAGUUAUUCCUCCAGUUGUUUGCGCAGGUCGUGCUUCUGUUAGUGCAGUUAAUAAUACAACAUUUACACCAGUGACUCCAUUUGGGGUCAUUAAUACACCAGAAACUAUGACCUCGUAUAUUGUUGUUCCUCUAUCAGUGCCUCACAUGACAUUUGCACCAGUCGCUAAUGUCCAACAAGGUGUGUUUCCUGUAGCAUCCCAAAGAACUGUUGCUACUGUAGCUGAUUCGAUGUACAAAGAAACACAAAUAGUGCCUAACUUACAAGGUUCGCACAGUUAUGCACAAAGAAUAAUAAUACAGAAUCAGAAUGUAGUUCCUGUUCCUGUAGCUAUUUCUGGUGAAGACACAAAUACAAGUCCAAGAAACAAAGGUGAAUUGUGUACCUCAAAUGAAAGGGUAGAACCAGAAAAGGAGUAUGUUUCUGAAAAAAUUGAAAAGGCAUUUGAUAUUGUGUUCGAAGAAGUUGGCAAUGAGAAAGGUGACAAUGAGAAGAAAGCUGAUAUAUUAACAGCUAUUGUUGGUGAUGAAUACUUUUGUGGUAAAUGCCGUAUACGGUGGAAAAAGAAAGAGUUAUUUUGGUUUCAUUUGUGGAAUCACCAGCACAUUGGAGGAAUUCUUUGUAAUAAAUGCAUUCGUAUCAAUGGUCCAGCUGGUGAGUUGAGCUGUGCCUGGACUGAUUCCUUCAUCAGUAAAUUACAGGAGAAGAAAGAAAAAAACAGCAAAAUGUAUAGUAUAGUGAGAGUUGAUUGUACGCCAAAUGUUCCUGUUAAUGAAAACAAAGCCACCCUUCCAGCUGAUGAAGACAAAGCUAGGUGUUCUGCCGAGGAAAACAAAACCAGCUUUCCGACUGAUGAAAGUGAGCAUGAUAGUCGAGCACAAGAAACUGAUAACAAUGAACAACAUGCAGAAGAUAAUGAUUCGAAUGACAUGGGUUUGAAAAUUUUAGAAUGCAAGUCACUCAACAUUGAAGAAUUUGAUGAAAUCUCCAGUGGUGAACAAAAUUCAGUGGAAACAAUCAAAUCUAAUUCUGGCCAUGGGGAACAAGAAAAGGAAAAGGAAAAGGAAAAUCCAUCUGAUUCUGACAACCCAGGUCAGGAUAAUUUGGAAAUGUGCCUUAAAAAUUCUAAUUCUGACCAAGGGGAACAAGAAAAGAAAAUUCCAUCUGAUUCCUACAACCCAGGUCAGGAUAAUUUGGAAAUGUGCCUUAAAAAUUCCAGUAGCAUUGAUGAUUUAAUUUCAGAAGCUCAAAAACACCUACCUUCAGAAAAGAUGUUAUCCUGUGAUGAAAGUGUGACUAUGGAUCAUUUCGUCCCAUUUGAAGAAGAGCUUAAUGUGGAUGCUGAAUACUUGCCUAAUGAAAGUGGCAUUGCUAUGGAUUUAUCCUCUCUAAAAAACAACUCUGAGAUUUUUAGUCAUGUUCAACCUCCAGCAUAUCAUUUUUAUGUAUGUGGUGGCACAUGUUCUUUCACUUGUCUCUUACCAGGAGAUUUCAAACAACAUUUGACAACCUGUAAAUGUAUUAACAGAGACUUGUUUGCAUGCUUUCACUGUAGAUUUGUUGGAGAGAGUGUUGAAGCACUGUUGAGACACAUGCAUAAACAUGCCGUUUCUCACAAGAACAUUGGGUCAAAACCAACAAAUGCUGUAUUUGUGUGCAGUAUUACAAAUUGUAAAUUCAGCACCAAUAUUCUUAAUGCUUUCUAUUGUCACUGUUGUCAAGUUCAUCCAAAUGAGUCUUCACAUACUUGCGUCAGCUGUGAAGAAAGUUUCCAAACUGCUGAAGAUCUAGCACAGCAUUUAAAAGUUAAUUUGUUGAGUGUUGUUAGUUGUAAACAUUGUAUGGCAAAGGAUAUAGAUAAGAACAUUGUCAUGGAGCACAUCCUAUUUGAACAUCCUGGAAAAGGCAAGAUGCUAAACACUGUGAAAGAACUUUUAUGUAAAGAUAGAAAAAUGUAUGGAUAUUAUACAUAUCAAAGUAGCCUCAACAUUAUGGAUGUAGCCAUGUCUCAAAGUGAUGGUAGCAAUAUGCAGGAUUCAUUCCAAGCAUCCUCAGAACAACAAAUGGAGGAGAGUAAAAAACCAAACCGUAGCUCUUCAAAAGACUCAAUGUGUUGUCAUAUUUGUAACUUUGUUGCAAGUGCUGUCAGUGAGCUAAAACAACACCUUACAUGUCAUGAACAGACCCCAGCAGAAGAUGGUGGAUUGUCUUUCAUUUGUCCAGCUUGUCCCAUGCAGGUUAAAACGCUAAAAGACUUUGAAGACCAUGCAGCAUGCCAUGCUAAAAAUGUUUCAUUUUGGCUUUAUGACUGUCCACUAGGAGACUACCAAACAAACCAAGUAACACUGAUGCUUCAACAUAUUAAAAAAGAAGGUCAUUCUUGUGAAAGUGGUAAUAUGCUGCUGGGUAACGAAAAGUACAUUAUCAGUAAGGUGAUUACAUGUACAUGCUGCAAAUUCAGAACAACAAGUGUUGCCCAUUUAAAUGAUCACAUGAAAGGACAUAGUAUCAUAACUGCUAAGGAUCCAGCUGUUAGAGUUGCUGCACAUUCCACAACUGAUGUUGAUGCAACCUCUGAAUCUGUUCACAGAACACAUUCACACCGGCAGAAUGCAACUACUACGAAAGAUAGGGUUAGACACUGUAGCAAAGAUGAAAGCAAGCUUGUUAAAAAUUCAACCAAACGAAGGUUCAGUUCUGAUGCCUCAAAAAUAUCUGAAGCGAAAGAUUCGGUCAUCUUUACUCUUCCAUAUGACAGUGUUUUUCAAACUGCUGUUGCUUGUCCACAAUGCAGCUUUAGUGCUUUUUUUAAAACUAAUAUGUUGAAACAUAUUAAGGAAAAGCACCCCAUGGUUAAGGUGAAGGAAUCAAGUCAAACUGUUUCUCCCGUUCAAGCUAAAUCCCCUAAAACUGCUCUAUCAAGUUCCAAUGAAAUGUGUGGUUUGGAAGAUUCAAAUUCUGAUAAAUUGGAGGGAAUGAAACUUGGGAGUUCUGAGCUCGAUACAACAUUGGCAACAUUUUAUAAGAAAUCAGGAAGUGUACUGAUCUGCAAAAUAUGUGAAAAACAGUGUUCCAAAAAAAAAAUUCUUCAUCAUCACAUUUUAGAUCAUCUCAAACUGAAUCUCUGGAAAUGCACAUCCUGUGACUUCAAAGACAAUAGAAGAUUUGUCAUUAUUAAACAUGCAAAAAAAUUUCAUUCGUCAUCUGAUGGUUGUGUUGCACCUGUUGAGGAUUUUCUCAGUAGACUUUCUGAACACAAAUGUAAGAAAGGGCCACGAAAACCUUCAUUUGAAACCACAGUAUCUGAUGGACCAUUAUGUAGUGCAGAGAUGAAUGAAGCAUUAAAAUGUUUCUACAAAAAGGAAGAUUGGUGUUUGGAAUGUGUUGUGUGUAAGAUGAAAUGCAGCUCUGUUAUUCUAAUGCAUAAACAUGUGCUACAGAUUCAUUUGAAGCAUGCCAUGUUUGGUUGUAACUUAUGUUGGUUUGAAGGUUUUGAAGAGCAUGAGGUCUUGGAACAUCUGCAUGCUAAGCAUCCAAGCAAACCUGCUACUGUACUGCAUUUAAGUACUGACAUAAGUGCUACUGUUAAAGGCUUUAUUGACAGCUGUCCAACAUCUACCAAAUCUCUGCUGCUUCAUCAGAAUAUCAAGAAAAAGAAGUUAAUUCUUGGCAAUGAUGACAUGGAUUCCUUCUUAAAUUGUCUUUACGAGGUGAAUCGACGAUUAAAACUUGUUUGUUUGAUAUGUAAGGAAGAACUUAGUACAAAAUAUGCAUCUCAUCGUCAUAUCCUUGCACAUCUUGGUGUUGAUCUUGUUGGCUGUUCUUGCUGCAGCUUUCAGUCUCUGUCAGACAGAGAUGUCACAGAACAUAUGAAAUCCAAUCAUGCUGGAAUUCAACUGAAAAUUGACUAUUUGGAUGUUGACAUAGCUGAGGCUGUCAAGAAUUUCUUUGAAAAUUCCUGCAAGACUCCCAGCAAAGAAAAGAAAUCCAAAGGGGUAAUGCAUAAGAGACAAACUGUGGAGAGGUCUAAGGCAACCAGUUCUACAUCAAAAGUUAGAAAGCCAUGGAAAGGACCAAGUUCUUCUGAUGCACAUAUGGGAAAUAAAAAGGAUGUGACAAAGAAAAUUGUUGGUGGACUUACAAAAUACAAAUGCCGUUUCUGUGAAUAUUUAGCCUUGUCGGUGAGAAGUGUGCGUGCUCAUAUUUUUAGAAGUCAUCCUAAAACAGAAGGUAAUUUGUUCAAAUGUUCCAAAUGUCCAUUUCAAGUGGAAUCUUUAGUUGAGAUUACGACCCACAUGUUUCAGAAGCAUCCUUGGACUUUAGAAGAUGGAUUUGAAGAUUGUCAUCCAUCUAUUGUGUCACAAACCAAUGACCGUGUGCAUAGCACACAUUCUGGUAAUCCAUUUGUUGAAUUAGAAGCCAGUGACAGUGUACAUAGCACACAUUCUUGUAUAGAAGCAGAGACUAGUGAGAAAGAUUCUGAAGAAAUGUUGCUGGUUAAUAAACCAUUUACAGAACCUGUGUCGUCAACAAAGAGUACUUUAAAUGAUGGUAGCACCGACAAUAUACAAGAGUCUAUAAGUAUGCAUGCUGAAAAUUGUUUGAAACAAUCAUACCUGGGGUUUGAGCAUAUAACUGACCAGGUAAACGCAAAUGAGGCAGAUCACAGUACAUGCAAAAGUAGUGGGCAUCACCAUGGUGUUCUAACAGACACUCAUCCCAGACUUGAUAAAGACGUUGACAAAAUUUCAGAUAAUGAUGAGUAUAAAAAUUUGGAGCUGUGUUCUAUGGAUAAUGAAGUAGCAUUGAACCUUGCAGUUGAAAAUUGUCUCCAUGAACAAAAAUGGAUCAGAGAAUGAACACAAGAAGACUGAUCAAUGUGUACAUGGUGAUGAUGAAUUGACAGAUUUAGAUAAGAGAUCUAUCAUGAAAAGUAGAAUCUGUUCAGGUGACAGUGAUGAUAAGAAAACAAAAGAAAGAUUAGACAAACAACCCAGAAUCGAUGA